AUGUUUUCGUCUGCAACAUCUCUUUCACUCUUUGUUUUAUUUCUUUCCUUCACUUCAACUCUCGGCUCAUCUCUUACUCCGGUUUCUAAAAAGUCCGUCAAACGGUCCCUCGCCAAACGAAACCCAGGUCCAUGGUACUUUGAAUACUACAAGCCAAUGUCUGGCGCAUCAGAAGCCACACUCUUAGAGCCCAAGUAUAUUCUUGAAAAUAUGAUCUAUAACUCAGGCAUGACCGUGGGGAAGCAAACCACUCAGCUUCUCGAGUGGAAAGCGGACAUGGUACAUUGGCGAAAUGACUUGGACAUUGCUAAUCAACCCGCAACCGAGAAUGUGCCCAAAAGCUAUGCCUUUGUCGGGAUGGUUUCUGACAUGAACCAACCAAUCACUGCUUAUCGUUCUAUUCCAGUUGAAUAUUACUGGCAGCGAACCAACUCACAGCCAACAAAGGCAAACGUCUGUCUAGACUUUGUGAUCAGCCUCACUAACAACAAAAAUCCCGACCAUGAAUUGAUGCUUUGGUUAGAGAAAGAAGGUGGUCAAAAGCCUAUUGGCUAUGGUGGCAAAACAGUCCGGGUUGAAAACCUCUAUGGUAGAAGUUGGACUCUCUACGAGGGCCCUAACAAAAGUAACAAUAACGUCAUGGUCCGCACACUGGUCCCGGAUGAGGAUUUUUCAGGGUCCUUUAUUGGUGAUGCGCGCGAAUGGCUCAUGAAAUUGGUGGAAUUGAAAAGGUUUCCUGCCAGUGCUUAUGUCUCAGUUGCUAACAUGGGCAUGGAAGCCUUUUGGGGUAAAUCUCAUUUUGAGGCACGCUCGAAAAUGAACUUUUUAUGGUCGGGAAACAACUUCCAGGCAGGCUACACUCCACCUGGAUUCAAGAAGCCCACCCCCGGCAGCUCCGUUCCUGGUUUCUAA